AUGGCGACCGACUACAAGACUUUGGCCGGGCAAGAGUUUGACCGUGGCGCCUUCGAAUCUUUGCUGCGACGGAAGGUGUUCCUCUGGCAAUCUUUUGAGCCUUAUGGCGCUACCAAGGGUCUUUUCGACUAUGGCCCUCCCCUCGAGACCUUGGAAGCCGAAGUCAUCAACAUCUGGCGAGACCACUUCAUCCGAGCAGAGAAGAUGAUGUCGCUCAAGUGCUCCAUGCUUACGCCUUACCAAGUCCUCAAGACUUCUGGCCACGUGGACAAGUUCGCGGAUUUCAUGUGCAAGGAUCCCAAGACUGGAGAGAUUCUGCGCUCUGACCACUUGAUCAAGGAUGUGAUCGAGGAGAGAUUGAAGGGAGAUCGAAUUGCUCGUGGUGAGAAUGUCAGCGAUGAGCCUGAAGACCCGAAGAAGAAAAAGAAGUCAAAGGCUGCAAAGACUGCUGUCAAGCUUGAUGAUGCUCAAGUCAAGGAAUACGAGCAUCUUCUUGCCACUCUCGAUGAUCAGACGGGCGAUGAUAUGGGCGCGAUUAUCAAGAAGCAUGAUAUUCGAAACCCGUCGAACGGCAACGAGGUUGAGCCUCCUGUAGCCGUCAACCUUAUGUUCCAGACGCAGAUUGGUGCUUCUGGAAAGGAGCCUGCUUUCUUACGGCCUGAGACUGCUCAGGGUCAAUUCCUGUCUUUCCAAAAGCUCGUCGAGUUCAGCGACGGUCAACUCCCCUUCGCCUCCGCAUCUAUUGGCUACUCUUUCCGUAACGAGCUUUCUCCACGAUCUGGUCUGCUCCGAGUACGAGAAUUCCUCAUGGCUGAGGUUGAGCACUUCGUCGACCCGGAGAGUGGCAAGAAGCACCCUAAAUUCGCGUCAGUCAAGGACGUGAAGCUACCUCUUCUUUCACGGGACGUCCAGCAGGCUGGUGGCUCGACUCCUGUCGAGGUGACCAUCGGCGAGGCCGUUGCAACGAAGCUCGUGGACAACGAGACGCUUGGCUAUUUCCUCGUCAGAAUCAUGCUCUUCAUGCAGAAGAUCGGUGUCGACCAGAAGAAGCUGCGGUUCAGACAGCACAUGGCCAACGAGAUGGCCCAUUACGCAGCUGACUGCUGGGACUGCGAACUGCUUAGCUCUUACGGCUGGAUUGAGUGCGUCGGCUGUGCUGACCGGAGUGCGUACGAUUUGAGCGUACACAUGAAGGCCACUGGUCAACCACUCCACAUCCGCGAGCCCCUCAAGGAGCCAAAGCGUGUGGAAGAGUAUGUCGCGCAGCUCGACAAGAAGAAGUCUGGGCCGAAGUUCAAGAAGGAUGCUGGCAAGGUACAGCAGGCGCUUGAUGACUUGACUCAAGACAUCAAGGAGAAGUUGAGUAUCAGCUUGGAGAAGGAUGGUAAGGUGGAGGUAGAAGUUCCUGAACUGGGCAAGGUCGAGCUCGAGAAAGACCUCGUGGCCAUCCAGAAGGAAGUCAGAACAGAGACGAUGCGCGAAUUCAUACCCAACGUCAUCGAGCCAUCGUUCGGUAUUGGUCGUAUCCUCUACAGCUUGAUGGAGCAUGCCUACUGGACGAGAGAGGGCGACGCAGCACGAUCGGUCAUGUCGUUCAAGCCUACCGUCGCACCGAUCAAGGUCUUGGUCGUGCCACUGCAGAAGGACACGCGCUUUGCGUCCUCGCUAGCAGAGCUCGAGCAGCGCCUUGACGAUGAAUCCAUCUCUUUCAGAGUCGACCAGUCUGGCGUUAGUAUCGGCAAGCGCUACUCUCGCAACGACGAACUGGGCAUUCCAUUCGGCGUCACGAUCGACUACCAGAGCUUGGAGGACAACAGCUACACGCUCAGAGAUCGAGAUUCGACUAAGCAGGUGCGCGCAAGCCUCGACCAGAUCCUGGAAGCCAUCAGCAAGAUGGUCAAGGGCAAGGAGUCAUGGAGCGACGUGCAGAAGCACCUGCCAGCGUUCGAGGGCAAGGAGGAGGACAAAGAGUAA